GCACUGCAAAAGCUUCGUACCAUUCAGCCUAAAACCUUAUCCGAAACAAAUGGAAUUGCUGGAUUCGAUGGUAGUGAAGUUUCACAUGAAAUGGAUAUUGAUUCUAUCAGAGCUAGAGGGUAUGUUUCUUAUUUCAUUCUAGCUGUUAUCCUUGCGGUAUUUUUGAUUUUUAUUAACUUUUCAACUUUUCAUUUAAAUUUUAAAGACAAAUUUUUUAAAUCCUUUUUCAGUUUUAUGAAAUAUCGAUAUAAAUAUUAUCCACUGAGAAAUCUGGAUCAGAUAAUCUUCGAUGUUAUAAAAAAUAAGAUUCCUUCUGGGCUAUUAUUGGACUCAUUAGGAAAAAAACUGAAGCAUACAAUUCCAAAUUGCGAACUCCAUCGCAUUAAAACUUUGGCGAAUGUAAUAGACUUCUAUCGGCUGCCUGUGAAAAAUUUAACUGAAUAUGACAGUAUGGUCCGUGGUGAAAAUGGCGAUUUGCCAAAAAACCUUUAUAUGCUUGAAAAUCCUGUGCGUUUUCAUCCAGAAGAUAAGGAAUCCUAUCACGGAGGUAUAACGGCAUAUCCUGGUGUGGGAGGAGCUGUAUUUGGCAUACGUAAUCAACGAAUAUACAGGCAGUUUCAACCCAAAAAAGAUUGGUUCGAUUAUGAAGAUCAGACUUUCAAUUUUAAACGGCCAGAUGCAAAUAUGCCGUGGAAUACAGAGAUUGCCGAAAAAAUGGACCGUUAUCCAAACUUGAAAUAUAAUUUAAAAUUAAAAGGUUUUAGACGACUUGGGCCUCCCAAAUAG